CUGGCAACAUCGGUAUCGCUCGCCCAGUUUCUUAGUUGCUUUUGUUUAUGUGAUAUUUCCUGCAAUAUUGUUUGUUUAGAAUAUGUGAAAAAGCGGCUACAAAAUUAUGCAGUUUUUUUUAUUAGAUUGAUUGUGAAUCAAAAUUUUGAAAUACCGAGCGUACUGACCCGCAAUCCCACCACAGAUGCCAGCAGAAGUCGAUGUUGUAUGAAACAGUUUAUUGUUAAUGGUAUUCAAGAAGUAAAAGCCAGACAAGUCUGUGUCGCGUGCUAAAUAGAUGUUUUCUCUAAGUUUUCUUUAUAAUCUAGUGAUUUUUUAAGGCUAAUAUCUUAGAGAUUGGGCACGAUGACUAUAAACGUUGAAGUGGACAACGAUGGAGUGCCCUUCAUCAGACUAGGAAAGCACGAAUUGAGACUAGACGUUGAAGAUAUAUCUGGCGAAUAUGAGGAAAGAGCUAGACGAGAAUUAAUGGAAACACCAGAAAGAGUACAAGAAGGCUUACAGAGAUUUCGAGAGCUUAUAUUAGCUGAAAAAGGACUGUCCUUACCUAUAGACGACGAUAAAUUCCUAUGCAAGUUCCUCAGACCCUUCAAAUUCAACGCAGAUCUCGCCUUCAAAGUCAUGAAAAAGUUCUACAAAUUCAAAGUGAAGUAUCCCAGGUAUGGAGGAUUCAACGUUACACCGGAAGGAGUUAGGCAUGUGUUUGACAACGAAGUUUUUGUAAUGAUGCCUACAAGGAGUAGGACGGGAGGCAGAAUCAUGAUAGUCAAUGCGGGAAGUAAAUGGAAUCCAAAAGUAGUUUCUUUAGAAGAUAUGUUCAGAUCAGUAAUGGUUGCAAUAGAAAUAGCUAUGAUGGAACCAAAGACGCAAGUUGGGGGAGUUAAUGUAAUUUUAAACUUGGAAGGAUUAUCCAUAUCACAUGUGUAUCAGUUUUCACCGUCAAUGGCCAAACUCAUUGCUGACUGGGUCCAAGAAUGUGCACCAGUUCGAUUAAGAGGUCUGCAUGUAGUAAACCAGCCCUACAUUUUCAAUAUGGGUUAUAGAAUUUUCAAACCGUUUUUGGGAGAAUAUAUUAAAAAAAGGUUAAGUUUUCAUGGCACAAACUACAAAAGUCUAACUGAACAGAUAGGCGAAGAUAGUUUACCAGAAAAAUUUGGAGGGACAGCUGACAUUCCCGAUUAUCCUGGAUCGCAGUUCUCGAAUAUGCUAUUCUAUUAUCAACAAAAUUUCAAAGAUUAUCAUAAUUUUGGAUUUGUGGACGAACUGAGAGAAAAAAUUGAAAGAAGUGAUUCCAAAGACAGCAUGAAGAUAGACAAAUCUUGAAUAGGUUCUUUAAAUCUCUGGAAUAUAUUUGACAUCACCAAAUACGAUUGAUUAUCUAAUAAGUUAUAUGUUGUACUGUAGCUGAAUAAAUUAUUUUAUAAUAUUA